AGGCUCGGACAGCGGUGCCGGGCGACGCCGCGAUCGCAGCGGCCAUGGGGGCCCUGACGAGCCGGCAGCACGCGGGCGUGGAGGAGGUGGACAUCCCAUCCAAUUCCGUGUACCGCUACCCGCCCAAGUCCGGCAGCUAUUUUGCCAGCCACUUCAUCAUGGGAGGAGAGAAGUUUGACUCCACGCAUCCGGAAGGUUACCUGUUUGGCGAGAACAGUGACCUGAACUUCUUGGGAAACAGGCCAGUGGCGUUUCCCUAUGCUGCCCCACCUCCCCAAGAACCUGUGAAGACUCUGAGAAGCCUGAUCAACAUCCGAAAGGACACGCUGAGGCUUGUCAAAUGUGCUGAGGAAGUGAAGAGCCAUGGAGAGGAGGCAGGGAAAGCUAAGGUCUAUUACAACGUCGAGUUCACCUUUGACACGGAUGCCCGAGUAGCCAUCACGAUCUACUAUCAGGCCACUGAAGAAUUCCAGAAUGGUAUUGCCAGCUACAUUCCAAAAGACACCAGCCUGCAGUCGGAAACCGCGCACUUCAAGAGAGGCGUGUGCCAGCAGUUCUGCCUGCCCUCCCAUACGGUGGACCCCUCGGAGUGGACAGAAGAGGAGCUUGGCUUUGACAUGGACCGAGAGGUGUACCCUUUGGUGGUGCACGCUGUGGUAGAUGAAGGAGACGAGUAUUUCGGCCAUUGCCAUGUACUUCUGGGCACGUUUGAGAAGCACACAGACGGGACCUUCUGUGUCAAGCCCCUCAAGCAGAAGCAAGUGGUAGAUGGGGUCAGCUACCUUCUUCAGGAGAUCUACGGGAUUGAAAACAAGUAUAACACACAAGAUUCUAAGGUGGCUGAGGAUGAAGUAAGUGAUAACAGUGCCGAGUGUGUGGUGUGUCUCUCAGAUGUCCGUGAUACCCUGAUCCUGCCCUGCCGCCACCUCUGCCUCUGCAACACCUGUGCAGACACCCUGCGCUACCAGGCCAACAACUGCCCCAUCUGCCGGCUGCCAUUCCGGGCACUGCUUCAGAUCCGAGCCAUGAGGAAAAAACUGGGCCCUUUGUCUCCAACCAGCUUUAACCCCAUCAUCUCAUCCCAGACAUCUGACUCUGAAGAGCAUUCAUCGUCAGAGAAUAUUCCACCAGGCUACGAAGUGGUGUCUCUCCUGGAGGCCCUCAACGGGCCUCUCACCCCAUCCCCAGCAGUUCCUCCACUUCAUGUUCUUGGAGAUGGCCACCUCUCAGGAAUGCUACCGUCAUAUGGCAGUGAUAGCCACCUGCCCCCAGUCAGGACACUGUCCCCCCUUGACCGCCUGUCUGAUUGCAGCAGCCAAGGACUCAAACUCAAAAAGAGUCUAUCCAAAUCCAUUUCCCAGAAUUCUUCUGUGCUACAUGAAGAGGAAGAUGAGCGCUCUUGCAGCGAGUCGGAGACUCAGCUCUCUCAGAGACUGUCAGCCCAGCAUCCUGAGGAGGGACGUGAUGUGACUCCAGAGAGUGAGAACCUUACCCUGUCAUCUUCAGGAGCUAUUGACCAGUCGUCUUGCACAGGGACUCCGCUCUCUUCUACCAUCUCCUCCCCAGAAGACCCUGCCAGCAGCAGCCUGGCCCAGUCAGUCAUGUCCAUGGCUUCCUCCCAGAUCAGCACAGACACGGUGUCCUCUAUGUCUGGCUCCUAUAUAGCCCCUGGCACAGAAGAAGAGGGAGAGGCCCUGCCUUCCCCCGAGGCUGCCAGCAGAGCCCCUUCAGAAGGGGAGGGGACACCAGCAGAGUCCCCAGACAGCAAUUUUGCUGGCCUUCCAGCUGGAGAGCAGGAUGCAGAGGGAAAUGAUAUCAUAGAGGAAGAGGAUAGAUCGCCUGUGCAAGAAGAUGGCCAGAGGACAUGCGCAUUUCUAGGCAUGGAGUGUGACAAUAACAAUGACUUUGACAUCGCAAGCGUGAAAGCACUGGACAAUAAGCUGUGCUCUGAGGUCUGCUUACCCGGCUCCUGGCAGCAUGAUGACAACAUCGUCAGCUGUCGCAGUCCCCAGUGCCGGCGUUUAUCAUCUAGCAGCCUGGAGGACCCUGAGGAGGACAGGCCUUGUGUAUGGGAUCCCCUGGCUGUCUGAGGGGAUCCUGCACCUGUACCUGCGUUCCCCUCCUAUCCUUGCAUUCCAUCUGUCCUUGCUGGACCACAGGCCUUCUGGGCAUCUUCAACAAAACACGUGAACUCCAUGCUCACACUAGGGAGGAUGGUGUGCAGCCCUCCGCCAACCUCAUCUCCUGUAACCAUGAUUCUUACCCUCUCAGAAGAACCUGAAGCCGUCCCUCCCUGUGGGCUGACGCUGCUCAGUGAACUGCAGCCUGCCAGCCAAACCCAGUGGGCUGAUUGGGCUGAGGGUCAGGGCUGGCUGUUUCUGUAGCCUUUUCUCCUCUGAGGGGAGACCAAGAAGACUGAAGAAUUUGGCAGCUUUGUUACAGACACCCAUGGACAUAUUUUGGUCUCUGUCACCUCAUAAGCAAUUAGAAACCUAAUGAGGUGGUCAGGAAUGGGCUCCCUGAGGGAGGCCACCUUCACUCUGGCCUCUGAGAACACCAGGAGUUCCUUACUCAAGCCUAAGGGAGACAGUGGCAGCCAAAGGGUUGGUUGGAAGCCAGGUCUGCUAACAGCCAGUCUCCUGCACCUCCUGUGUCCCAUUAGGAUGAUCACUGUUGCAAGGCCUGUUCUCCUCAGGUGCAGUCAGGAAGGCCUGCUGGGCCAUCCUGCAGUGCUAAGGCUGACUCUCACCAUAUCUAAUCUAUUACAGCCAUUGAGGGGGAGUGUCAAACCCACUACCCUUUCUCUUCCCCCUUUCUAACAACUGAAGAACCAGGCUAGGAGCUGUGGACCAGUGGUUCUCAGAUCCAAGGCUCUGGGGCCAGCUGCAGUCACCUGGGGACCAGAGCAUUGGAAGACCUCCCUGCCCGAGUGUACUCCUCCCCUGCCUUUCCGAUCUGAUGAUGAGAGGUGUGUCCACGGGCCACCAGUGCUUGGAGGUGCCGUUCAGUCAGCACUCAGACAAAGCUAUGGCAGCAGGCUGACAGGAAAUUGUUGGGUGUCACACCUUUUCCAGCGCAGCAGAUUUCACAUGGCUCUUAAGUAGAUGCCUGUUUUGGAAAAGGUAGUUGUUUAGUGGAAUGUGAGAUGGUUUGGGAUCAAGAUCAGAAAGUCAUUUAUGAUGAGAUGUGAAGAGCUUUAAACUUCCAAGUGUGGUCCCAGAAAAGCGUUCCAAAAACACCGGUGCCCAGGAUCCUUGGGAAGGGAGUUUGGAAGAUUGAGAGUCUGGCCUCCAACUUGCUUUGUAGCUGGGGAUGACCUUAAACUUGUGAUUUUCCUGCCUGUACUGCCCAGGCAUUAGGAUUACAGGCUUGCACCACUGUGUAGCUCUCCUUGGCACCUUUUGUGUAGUUGCAGCCUGAGGUGUGGUAGGCUGGGUUCGAGAUCCCAUAUGCACCCUUUUUGAACAUCUGUGGACUCUGCCAUUUCAAGCCCUACUUGAGGCCCUUUCCUUCCUGCAGUAUAAGCUGGGCAAUAACCGCGCUUCCUCAAAGAAUGAAGCAGAAGCCACAGGGUAGUUCCCUUAGCCUGGACCGAGGGCACACAGCCCCGCCUCCUCUCCUGGCAGGCAGUAGGUAAGAGCAUUCACAGAGUGGUGUGAGCUGGGAGGAGGGGGGAAGUAGCAGAGAUGAAGGAGAUUCAGGUAAACAGUAGCCACAGUGGCCAGAAGCCCUCGAGAAAAGCCAUUAUAAUCAGCCCUUCCCUCUUCCUCACAGCAAGCGCUCAGCCUAAGCCCCACAUCCAGACGCCUAGGUUAGAGCAGCCUCGGUUAGAGCACUGUUUGCUCUGCCUCGCUCAGCUCUACCCCCUCACUCUGUCCCUCUUGUUCUUGGCAGGCUAAACAGCCCAUUCGCAGGGCUAAACUCCCUAAGUUGCCCCUUCAACCCAGCCCCGUCAUUUGGAAACAGUCCCUUAGUCAGGAUUUAUCGAGAGUAGGGCGGGGCACCUUCUCCUGCUGCCUUUGGCUCCUCACCACGCUACAUCUGCAUCUUGGUUUCCUCAAAGAGCCUUUUUGCUUCACCCGAUCUCACCCCACCAGAGUUGCUACCCCCUGUGGCAUCUCCUGGCCACAGACCCAGACACUAAGCCAUCUCCCUGGAGAGCUAGUUCUGUCCACCUGGUGUUGGCAUGCUGGUUGCUCACUGUUUUAGGGACUGCACACCUGGUGUGUGCAAGUGUGCGUGUGUGUGCUGUUCGUGCCGUCUGUGUACCCUCCACACUCCCUGGAGGACACUUGUGGGCACACUACAGUGGGAACAUAAAGAUGCAAUAUUUAUGGAUUGAUUGCUGCAUGAUUCUUAAAAGUGAAUAAAACUGUUUACAGGGGCAGGGGAUCCGUCAACUACAAA